AUGGCAACCAUCACCGAGCACGAGGUCUCCUACUCAGAUGGCGAAAAGAAAAUACACUACCUUGCCGCCGGCCCAUCUGCCGGCCCCCUUAUCAUCUUCCUUCACGGCUGGCCAGCCAUCGCUCUGACGUGGAAGCACCAGUUGCAGGCCUUUGCCUCUCUUGGAUUUUACGUGAUUGCACCCGACAUGCCUGGCUGGGGUAGAUCCACUGCCCGCCACGUCACUACUGACUACACCCAAGAGGCCCUCGUCGAGGGGAUGCUGGCCCUGCUUUCCGCUACCGGGCGCUCUGCUGCUGUCUGGGUAGCACACGACUGGGGCUCCGGCGUGGCAUCCUCACUAGCGGCGCACCAUCCCACGGUGAUCCGGGCGCUCGUGCUUCUCAGUGUGCCAUAUAAGUCGAUCGAGCUGGGUCUGGACCAUCUGGUCUCCUUCGUCGACCGUACAAUUUACCCAAAAGAUGACUAUCCCUACGGGCAGUGGGACUACAUGGCCAGCUAUGAGGAGGAUUUUGAAAAGUGCAUCGCCGAGUUUGAGGCCAAUGUGCCUGGUCUUUGCAAGCUGGCCUACUCGCGCCCACCGCCUGAAGGAUACUCCGCUGCAGACGCCUUCAAGCCAACCUUCACUGCCAGCACUCGUAAGAAUGGUGGGUUAUUUGGUGGACACCCUGCGCCCCCGGCCGAGACGCUCCCAGCGCCGCUGCUAGAGGGUGAGGUGUUUGAUACCUUUGUGCAGGCUACCCAGGAGACAGGCCUAUGGGCGGCAUCAGCAUAUUACAUUAAUCACAAGGCCAAUGCGGAUUACAACAAUCGAGCCCCAAACGGUGGCAGGCUAGGCAAAGACAAGCCGGUCCUAUUCGUACACGCCAGAUUCGACUUUGUAUGUGCCACGCUCACGACCCGGGUGGCGGAGCCGAUGCGCGAGGCGUGCGAGAAUCUGACCGAGGUGGCGAUCGGGGCGGGGCAUAACGUGCACUUUGAAAAGCCCGAGGAGGUCAACGCUGCAGUGGCGAGGUUCCUCAUAGAGGAGACUAAGGACUUCUGGCCUGGAUAUUCGGACUUGGACUAUCGCAAGUGGAAGGCUUGA